AUGGCAGAAUCCCCCUUUGUAUUGAUCAAAGAGAACAAGACCUGGGAAGAAGCCCUGAACUACUGCAGACGUCACCACAGAGAUCUGGCCUCCAUCCUGGACCAGGAGACUCAGACCUUUGCUGAGCUGGAGGCUGAGAAGGCCAACAGUCCCUUCGUGUGGCUCGGCCUUCGCUACAUCUGCACCCUGCAGGCCUGGUUCUGGGUUGAUAACUCUGCAGAGUGUAAACAUCGCUAUCAGGAUGGCCCAGAAGAAAACUGCAAAACAAGUGGAGCCAUGAAGACACAGGGAAACCAUUCCUGGUUCAACAAGUCUGAUUAUGAAGAGUUUAAUUUCAUCUGUUCAUUGGAGUAA